CGCGGCGCUCGGCUCGCCGGCACCGACUCGACUCCCUCGCCGCAGCCGACGGACGCGCCCCUGGAAGCGUUGCGCAGCCGACAGCUCAGCCGCGCCGAGUUGCAAGGGGCCCACUUUGGAGCAGAGGCCACGAGACACGCGUCGGAGCAAACCAAAGAGCCACGAUGUCGACCUACGCGUCCUCUGAGUGCCGCCGCGUCAGCCCCUCCGUCCACGGGAACAAGUUCGACACGGCGCACCGCAAGAAGGCCGUGGCCAACAUCUUCGAGAGCGUCAACCAGGACGCGCUGAUGAGGCUCUUCCAGAAGACGGGCGACAUGAAGGCGGAGGAGAGGGUGAGGAGCAUCUUCUCCUACACCCAGGACCCGGAGGAGACGGCCCGGGCCCUGAUGGCCCUGAAGCAGCGGAAGAAGGACAAGUUCCUUCAGAUCGCGGGUAUGGUCCGACAGCUGCUCAACCUGCGGUGACCUGUGUCGCGCCUGUGUCUCUGUGUUGGCUCGUGUGAGAGCCCAAUGUGAAAACACUGCCUGGGUUGUGGCCGCAGGUGCGGCUCGCUGGUCGCCUGGAACCGCGCGUCAGGUGCGCGGAGCGUGCGCAGCCGUGCAGCAGCCGCCCGGAGAGCAUCGCGCGGCGGCGGCGGCGGCGGCCUCGCGGACCGAGGUGACCGCGGAGAGUCCCGCCCGGCGCGGAUGGAGCGAGACGACCUCACUGGGAAUAUGAAUCCACUGUCUUCCGCUCGAGACUUGAUUUCACGAAUGCAUUCCUGUGGAUGCGCGACUGGGAAGCAGCCGCAGCGGCGGCGGCGGCGGCGGCACCGUGUUGGCGCUGGCGCACCGCUGCGCAACGAGACUGUAUUGUGCCUGUGAAAGCCUGUCCCGAACACACAUGCCUUGUCUCAAGCUUCACUCUGUUAUCCGAACUGUGUCAUCGGUGGCCACUAAUGUGUUGUUGUUGUUGUCACCAAAUUUGUUAUCGCACAAUGAUUUGCAUUUUGCUAUGUUCGUAAAUUUGUCAUUUUUAAAAAAAUAAAUUAUUGCAAUUGUCUACAAAAGUCAAA